AUGUUCCUCUAUGAUGAUACAAAAUCCACACUCUCCGAUGACACUGACAUUAGUGAGGCCAAUUCUGAAUAUUCCGCCAUGAGUAGUGCUUCCACAAAAAAGCCCAAAAAAGAUUCUACAUCCAAAAAACCCUACACCGAAGCAGAUUUAAUGUCCUACGAAAAGAAAAAGUUCGAAUUGGCAAAGGAAAUAUACAAUGAAUUUUUGGACAUGAACGGAAGCAUGACUGUCAACCUGUCAAAGAAAAAGACUGACGUUAUUAAGCAUAAAAUUGAGGAAUGUGCAAACAGCGCCUUUCCCUUGUUGGAGGAUGAUCUAUUUGAUAGUAUCGAACGUGAAAUUGCUCAAUUAAUGUUGGACACUCAUCGAAGAUUUAAGGAAAGUCUUGCAUUCAAAAAGCAAAUGAAAAUUGAUAAUAUCAAUACACGAAUCAAGAAUGCUGCCUCACAGACAAAAUAA